AAAAAAAACUCCCAGAUGCUCUCUUUUAGUAUUCAGAUUCAUUGCUUCUAAUAUUGAGUUCAAAUGAGCUGUAUGAAGCUCCAUUGCAUUAGCAGAGCUGGUUUUUUUCGUUUAUACAAGAGGUCUGAAACUUCCAACAUAGCAUGGUGACAUUGCCCCCAUUUCUCUAAGCUGCAGAAUAUCAUCCAGCCUUAUUUUUCUCGCGCCAUUGUGACAAAAAAAAAAUCAUGCGGGAACAAUGCCUGAUCCGAUGAGAUUGGGAGGAGAAUCCAAUGCUCACUUUCUGUAAGCAGCACUAGCAAAAGCACAAGAUUCUUGAUUCCACCUGGUGAGCCAAUAAGGACUGUUGGUCAUCUAUAUCAGCACGCCCAAAGAACCGUCAGUCAUCAGCCUGCAAAUCCACACCACUGAAAACCCAGGCGGCUCUCCGGUGGUCGGCAGCGAGAUGACGGACCGAAGGCGGCCAGAUGGGAGCUACGGGCCGGAGUACGGUCCUUUGCCCCCGGAGCAUGAAUACGCCAUGUACCGUCACUUGUCGUCUAGAAGGACCCCUUGGCUUCUGCAUCAUGGGGAUGGGGUAGCAACCGUGGACCUCCCUUCUUUGCAAAAUUCUGGGGAUUACGUUUCUGAUGAUGAAGAUUACCCUGGGAGGAUAUUGGAGCAGAGAUUGAGACAAGAACCUUUUGGACUUUCCAGGCACCCUCUGCAACCAUAUGCACCAUUCCGAAUCCGCCAUGCCAGUGGCGGUGGCAGCAGCAGCGGUAUGACCACAAACCCGAGACACCCGAGACACAGGCGAGAGGACCCGGGACUAACUGAUGAGGAGUUCAGGGAGGCCAUGGAUCAGCUCAGGAAGCAGGAAUACAAGCCCUCACACCCUCAAAAGAAGAGACAUCAUCGGACCAGGAGUGCAAGAGCUGAGGUGCCACCGGCAGCCACAGAAGAGGAGAAGGCGUGCACCAUAUGCCUGGAGACAUUCCUUGCUGGAGAGCAGGUUGUGGUCACGCCCUGCAACCACAUGUUCCACCAUGGGUGCAUCACCCCCUGGGUGAAGGGGCACGGCACCUGCCCCGUGUGCCGGUCUGCGCUCUGCGAGAGGAGGAACGCCAUCCCAGGGAACAUCAACAGAAGCAACGACGGCGAAGAUGGUGCGCUGGAUCUGGACCUGCUGGCAAUGAUGAGGGCCAUGGAGGAGGCCUUCAGCCGGGUCAGGCUCUCUGAUUUCAUGUCAUACCACCACUAGGCGAAUCAGCAUCAUUACAUGAACAUGUAACAUUCCAGCUCUACCAGCACCAUCACAUUAUAAUCCGGUUUCGUGAGAUUCCGGUACCAUCAGACAUCUGGCAAUAAUGUAAACUGGCAUAAGAUACUUCCACCGUGAUUUGCUGCUUAUCAUGCACUGACUUUGCAAUGUAAGACAAGCUCAU